UUUGUUUGAAGUGAAGUGAAGUUGUUUAUGUUAUUGUUGUAGUUUAGACCAUAGUUAGUUGGCCAUUAUACCUAUUUUCACAAGUUAUUUCAGUUAACGUCUAGUUAUUUAGGAAAUACAUUUAAUUUUCGUAAGAGAAUUAUUAUUAUGUUGCUCUUCCACACAAGUAAUGAUGCAAUCAUUGAUUUGCUUGUUCAGUGCUAAGGCAUAGGCCUAGGCUAGGUUAGCUUUCGACAUGAGUAUUGUGUAACUUGCCUAUUUACUCAAUGGUUGUAAUUAAUCAGUUGUAAAACAUGAAUUCACAAAGUAUUUGUAUUGCGGACGUUUUAUUAGAAUUUUUUGAAGUAUGCUUCCACUCGAUCCUUUUUCUAAGAAACGUUUAUCCUCCAAGUAUAUUUGUUUUGAAGAAGAAGUACAACGUUCCAGUACAUGUCUGCCUGUAUCCUGAUCUCAACCAGUAUAUAUCUCAAGUGUUGAAAUCAAUUAAAAAGUUUCUGAUUUCAAACAAAAUUGAAGAAAUUUCAUUUUGCAUUUACAAUUCUUCUUCAAAACUUAUGGAAAAAUUUGUUUUCAACAACAUACAUUUUGGAUUUGAACCUUCACUUAAGCUAACGGAUGAAUUGUUACAAGAUAUAAAGCAACUAGAAGAUGCAUUCCGCACAUUUUGCCUCAAGCUUUCCAUGAUGGACUCUGUGUUAAAACCCCCGCAAGAUAAUUCAAGUUUUAGAAUAUUUGUGAAAACGGAAGAAUCAGGAUAUUCCAGCAUUUGUGACGAUCCAUCUUUUGAAGAAUUCCCUUGGAUUGCUGAAGAUAUAGAGCCAAACAAUAUGCUACAGGAAAUAGUCCCUAUUAAAUCGAUCCAAAAUCCAUCCAUUCAACUUCAAUUGUACGCUAAAAUCUAACUCAAUGAACCAAUUUUAUCUUUUCUAAAUCUUGCUUGAAGACUGGUUUUAAUUUACUGUUAGGCCUAACCCUAAAAAAGGUUUGAAGAGACGCAAAAUUCUUCUUGUUUACUAUGAAGAUGUCUCCAACUCCACAUUGAACAAAGUGACAUCUGCAAGUUUUAUCAACACCUGUGGGGAUUCUACGAUUCCUACAUUUGGUUGUAUUAUAAUAUAGUGUUUAAUUUGUGAUUAAGUUUGUUUAGGCAUAUGGUGCUUAAAAGUUGUAUUAACUUACAAAUAGAAAGAACCAUGGAUUGCAAAUGUUAGGGUUUAAGUAAUAAAGUUUUUACAUUGUUU